GUUCAAAAACAGGCACAAAAUGUCGCACAAAUACUAUGACGAGCAGUUUUGCGAAAUUCAAGACUGUCUUGUUGCCACCCUUAAUUCGGAACCAGCUCAGGCCGAUAGAAGGGAAAACAGACAGCUACUUGCCGGCCUGUACGUGCGCUAUAUUACGAUUGCCAAUAAGUUGGGAACCUGCGUGGAUCAGAUGGUGCAACCCCAGAAAAGACUGUUGCUCAGAAAACUGCUCGAAGCAACUCUGGGGAGGAUUUUGGAGCUGAAGACUGACUUGGUGGAAGCGGAUCUUAGCGAGUGGACGCACUGCGGGGAUAUCUUGGAAGAUCUACGUAUCACCCCCAAUGACUCUGAACUUGAAAUUCCUGCGUGCUUCCGAAGGGAAAGGGAGCAGGAGAUCAACUGCAGAAAAGGGGUCAUUGACGACGUACUAAACAAGCUGGGGUUUACCGACGAAGUGGAUGAGCGGCUGCCAAUGAGCGAGCAACAAGCUAUUCUGGUCAUUCAAACUCAUGAGCGGGCCAGACAGGGGCGACUACGGGCGCAAUUCAUGAAAGAGAUCCGAAGCAUGAAGGACAAGAACAAGCCGGUGGUGACGGAAGAAAGCGAAGGAGACGAGCAACAAUUGGGAGUAAAUUUGGCAGCCGCCGUCAAGAUUCAGAAGAUAUGGAGGGGAUACAUGGCGCGCCGCGCCACUAGAAGGCAAAAGCUGCAGGAAAUGCUUCUGAUUGGGAUGAUUCCGCCGCCCAAAAAGAGAAAUGAAGAAAUUGAGAAAGACCUGGAAAAUCAAGAGCGACGGAGGCAAUUGCAAAUUCAACGACAAGAGGAGUAUUCGCAGGAUAUUAAGAAGAUUAGGAGUCAUUUGGAGAAGACCCAAAGAGGUCCUGUUCUGGAACAGCUCAGUGACCAGGUGCGGAACUGGUUUCACGAGUUUAAAGCCCAAACUGGCACAAUUCCUGAAUAUACCGGCUCUGAGCGCAGUGCUUCCAGACAAAUGCCUAGCAGACAAGGAACAGACAGUGAAACCAGUAAAUCGACUCCUGGCUCUUCAAAAGAGUCCAAAAUGACGAAAACGAGAGCCUCAAAAAGUGGCAAAGAACCAAAGGCUGCUGAGGAUGUGGAGGACGAGGAAGACUGGCGGUGUAAGGCAAUCGUUUCUACUUUUGCGCCGGAGUUAAAUGUGCGGAAAGAAGAGUACGAAGAAUGGUGGAGGAACAAGGACGAGUCCUCGAAUCCAAGGCAGCAUCAUUACAAGCACAUCAUCGAGCAUGAGCAAAUGACCGAAAUGGAGAAUGAGCUAAGGAAAGUUGUUGAUGAAAUGAUGAAGGCAGAGCUGAUGCUGCUCCAGGACGCUUUCGACAAAGAUCGGGGCCAUAAAAGUAAGAAAAAGUCGAGUAAAAAAUCGCGAAAAGCCAUGAAAAAGGGCAAGAAGAAGAAGGAGAAAGAUUUGACGCCAGACCGAACGACGCAGUCUUUGUUUGAGGAGUUGGUGGCUAACGGCAUUAUUAAACGAUACCCCGAAGUGUGGAUGCAAGACUUCAGAGGAGAACGAUCGUUCCAUCCGCCAGCAGCUCACAAUAGAGGCAAAGAGCCGCCUUUCGAUCUCGGAGAUAUUCGUCAAGUUUUAACCGAGUACUGUGUAGUCCCACUGCUGUCUGCGCGACUGCACCGCAAUACGCCCCAUAUAAAGUCGGUUUUAUUGGCUGGACCGAAAGGCUCCGGCAAAGACAUGCUGCUUCACGCAAUUUGCAACGAAAUUGGAGCGGUUUUAUUUGAUCUCACUCCGGCCAACAUUGUUGGGAAAUAUCCAGGAAAAUCCGGCCUAAUCAUGCUAAUCCAUCUGGUGGUCAAAGUGUCGCGGUUGCUGCAGCCUUCGGUUAUUUACAUGGAUAAUGCCGAGCGGCCUUUUGUGAAAAAGGUCCCGAAAACUGAUCGCACCGACCCAAAGCGACUGAAGAAAGAUUUGCCCAAAAUGGUGAAAAAUUUUGGGACCGAAGAUCGUGUUAUUUUAAUAGGGGCAACCAAUUGCCCGUGGGAAAGUGACCAGAAGCUGUUGCAGCAGGUUUACCAAAAGUUCCUGAUCAUUCCCCGGCCCAAAUACAGUUCAAGGUAUGCUAGCAGUAGAAUUUUGGAAGCGUUUGGCCGCGAUACACCCAACGAUAGAAUAAAAUACGCAAUUUGGACUCACCUCCUGAACCGGCAUAUGCCAGUGAGUUGGAAGUUCGAUACCAGUGUAGUCAGCAAGAUUUCCGACGGAUACACUGUUGGCUCCAUAGUGAGUACAGUGAAGGAAGUGAUCACCGUAAAAAGAAUGUUGCAGCUGAGGAUUCACCCUCUCAGUCCCCUAGAACUGGUCAAUGCCCUUUGCAAAAGAACUCCGGUUUAUAAAGAGGAGGAUGAAGCUUUGGAGUUGUGGUGGAGCAAAGUUCCGAUGGUGCGAAGAAGACUGAGAGCCGUCGAAAUGCUGAUCGAAGAGGAGGAGGAAAUGAUGGCUAAGCAAGCGAACGCAAAAAAGAAAUAGCUUGAGUCGGUGAGUAGGAAUGUUAUUUAUUUUGAAACAGUUCUGAACUCAUCGCGAUAUUUUCAGGUAUACUGACUCCUCGCAGCGCUCGCCAUCACAACAUGAUAAAUAUAAAUGCAUAAUCAUUGAUCAUAUUAAUAAAAAUAUACAAAAAAACAAUCGAUAUGAUAAAAUAAGCUUAUAUAUAAUAAACGUUCAUAUCCAGAGACAGUUUACUUUCUUUGAAUCUGUAAACUAACAAGAAGUUGAUUCAAGAAAUGCCCUUCAACAAGAUGAAACCUAGAGCUGAGAAGAAGAAGCAUAUACAAACCGUAUGAGAAAAAUAAUGGAUGAGGAAUCUGAGCCAGUGGUGGUGGAAAGUGAGUUUCUAAGCAACAUUUUAACGUGAUAAAUAAGUUAUGUGGCUUUAAAUUUUUUGUAGAUUCAAGCGAUAUGAGCUACAUGUCAGAAUGCCUUGUGAAAGGGUAGAAGAAUUCCAGCUUUCAGAACAUGUUAAAAAUUUAACCGCGUUACUGUUAUCUGUUUUGGCAACGUGCAUUUUUCAAGUCUAACUAAAACAUUAAUCAACCGCACAGGCAGUUGUUGCACAAAGAUUGCAGAUAUCUUAAAGAGGACCGGGAAUCCUGAUAGCAUUUACGAUAAAUCCACUUGCUUUGUGACUAUCCAAGAAAAACCGUGAAUGUUGCGAGCCAGUAAUUUAUAAACCACUUUAGAAUAAAAAGUGAAUUUAAUAUACGUAAGUCUUUUUCAGAAUGACGCUGAAAAUCGGACGAAUACCCAAAGUUUGAACAUCAGUAACACCAGUCAACCGAAAAUUAAAAAAUCUGCAAAAAAGACGCACCAUCUAUACCCUACCAGGCAGAAGAAAUAAGGCUUCUGGUCGUAAAGCCAGUAAAUUGAAUGAUUCAAAGUCACCACUAGCUAAUACAUUCGAACUAGAAGACGAGAUAAUGGUAAAUAAAACAGCACCAAAAUCGAAGAAACGCAAG